AAUUAAUCAUCCAUGGUCACAAAACCUGUUCAGUGAACGUAUGGAAAGUUUUUUAAACCAUAACUGUGUGGACGAGGGUUUUAACCCUGAUGCUGUAUGGCCUACUGUUUAUUUUUGGGAGCUUUGUAUCUGCUGCACACUGAUAAAAAAGGAAAUACAAGAAAGAAGAAGAAAAGCUUAUGAAGCUGUUUAGUUAGUGCAUGACUCAUCUUUGAUCCUCAAACCCUCCACACCCUGAACCCCCACGUUUCUCCAUGACAUUCUCCAACCAGCAGUGUGUUCAGCUGUCACAUCCAAUCCCUGCCACGCCUCGGACUAACCCACAUUGCCGAAAAAAGGGAGAACAAAGACAAUAGUUGUUCAGGAUAUUUAAAUAUAUUUUUAGAAACUUCCUUCCUGAUACCUUACAUGAUUUAAACUAGAAAUAUAAAAGCAGUUUAUAUGGUUAUUUACAGAGACUGUAUUUGUUGUUUUAGUCGUUUUAUGACAUCGUUUGACAAAGCAAACCCCCCUACACCGAUGGUAUAAUCGUAUGACGAUCGAAAAUACAGAAUCAUGUGAUUUCCUGACUCAACUUGAACGCCUCGCUGAAGUGGACUCAGUCAGUUUCUUUCGUCUCUUUGCUCAUUUUCGCCUCUAAAAACUGUCACAAUGCCGAUGAUGUGUGGAGGGACUUCCCCGCCAAUCGAAGCGGACGAAAAAAUCCAGAAGAUCUGUGAUAGCGUAAAAUCACAGGCAGAACAAAAAGCAGGGAAGACCUAUGAUGUUUUCACAGCCAAGAGCUACGCGACGCAGGUUGUGGCCGGGACCAACUACUUCAUUAAGGUUCAUGUGGGAGGAGACGAUCAUGUUCACCUCCGUGUUUACGAAAAACUCCCAUGUUAUGGAGGAGACAUUGAGCUGAGUAAUAUGCAGCAUUCCAAGAGGCAUGAUGACCCUGUUGAGUACUUCUAAUGGGAUCCCAAAUCAAACAGCAGUGCCUACAGGCUGCAGUCUCAUUAUAAUCAGAUUGCCUCAACAUAUAAUACAAUGUUAUUCCCAUUGUUAACAUGUAAUAACAUACUGUAGAUCAUGCUGUCAGGAGUAGGUAAAAAUGGAAUAAUUUUGUACUAAAUGAAUUAAUAAAUUAAUCAGAUUUGUUGCAAUUCUA